AUGUCUGAUAAAUCCGCGGGAACACCGCGACAGGUCCGGGCAUCAGGGGACAUGCUCUUUGGUCCCAACAAGCUGAUAGACCUCUCCAAGGUAGCGCAUGUCUACAUCAGCUCGCGCAAAAGAGCACAUCAAACCUUUGAGCUUGCGAUCACGGAAGCUGAUAGACAAGCUCUGGCCGAGAGCGGUCGAGUUUCGAGGACUGACAGGCUGGCGGAGUGGGACUAUGGCGAUUAUGAAGGCAUGGUUUCGGCUGACAUCCAGAGAAGGAGAAAGGAGCGAGGCCUGGACAAGGAGAGGGACUGGGACAUCUGGCAGGAUGGCUGUGAGGGAGGAGAGUCGCCGGGGCAGGUGUCGGAGAGAAUUGACAGCUUGAUCGAGGAGAUCCGGCGUAUCCAAGGCCCAAACAUGAACGGAGAGAAGGCUUGUGAUGUAGUCUUAUUUGCACACGGCCACCUCCUUCGUGCUUUUGUGAAGAGAUGGCUGAGAUUCCCCAUCGAGUUUCCUAUGACCACGAUGCUCGAGCCUGGCGGUGUUGGUGUCCUCAGCUAUGAACACCACAGUAUCGACCAGCCUGCAAUACUAGUUGGCAUUGGCUUCCCAGCCUCUUCUUAA